UGAUUUCCCGCUUGGUUUUCGAAACGGUCACAUAAAGACAUUUCAGUUUAUAGGCGUGUUUGUUUACAUGUCACUAGUGUUGUUCAGAACAUCUUUAAUACAGGUUAUAAUAGAACAUUUUAGUGCUGGCUGUCAUGAUGGCUGUUAGCAUGACGCCAACUAUGGAAAGGUUUCCACCAAAACCGGUAACUAAUUCGCGAAGAAGUAUAUCACUUUUCAGCAGUCCGAAAGUCCGAAAAUCCAUAGGAUUCAGCAAUGUCUCCCCAGCUCUUCUGCUUGAAACACCACAUGCAGAAACAGGUGUACCAUUGGACCCAUCAAAGUCUGUCCAGAUUCAGAAUAAUGAUGAGCAAGAGUUACGAGAGAGACAGAAGCAGAGAGCUGCUGAAAUGCAACAGCAAAGCUUGGCCUCCCCGUCUACUCCUGCUGAUCGUAGGAAGUCUAUGGGUCCAGCCACUGGAAUGACCAAUGCAGCUUUGGUUGAACACUAUUCCAACUGCAUUAAACUUUCUGCAGAAAAUAAAAUCAACAUGAAAAAUGCCUUCAACUUGCAACUUAUAGACUGCAUGUCUGAAAUGUUAAGGAAAAAGGAUCCAGAGAUGAAUAACUUUCAGGCUGCCAGCUGUACAUUAGAUGCCAGUGCCAAGAUCUAUGCCUACAGAGUUGACUGUGUUCAUAUAGACACUAUUAAAAUGGCUGGAGGCUUAGGGAGAACUGGAGAUGAAGGCCAGCAAGAGCAAGAAGGAAAUGGACAAGCUGAAGGAGAACAGGAUGAGGCUAAUAAAGUCAAGAAAAAGGCAAAGAAAAAGAACAAGAAAACCAUUGAAACAAAUGUCGAUCAUAUUAACAUGUCGAAAUUUGAUCUCGAAUAUGACGUCGACCCAUUGUUCAAAAAGAACUCAGCUAGAUUUGAUGAAGGUCGUAACGGAGGAGUAAACUUUCUAACUUCUUUGAUGUUGAAGGACGAUGGUUGCCAACUUAUUAUGGACUCUGAUUCGUUGUGUAAUGCCGUGUCUCACCGUUUAGAACAAACUCAGACUUCGUGCCCUGUUGUUCAAGGUUUAGAUUCAGCUGAGAUUUGCCCUACUCUGAAAGGAUUCAGUUUUACUACGUGGGAUCCCACGAAUGACGAUCUCAUGGGUCUUCUUCAAAGCCCCACCAAGAGGAAACAUGAAGAAUACCAAGUGCCUUUGUUACCUACUUCUAACGAAGAUCACGCUUUCGAUAUGGAUGCCGUUCCCGAAACGUAUGGUGGCAAUGAUUCUGAAAACGAAACCCAUCUGGGAAUGGAAGACAUUGACGAAGAGGAAGGCAUCGAUCGUCACCGGAAUGGUGACAGACGAAUGAAUCCAGUGCCCAUCCUUGCCGGCAACGGGAAAAAUUUGGGGAUCGUUGAGCUUAAAGAUCAACUCAACAGGCAAGACUAUUCCUAUUUCAGUGUCGCUGUUCGCUCAGCCUGGGCGGGUCCACUCCACUGGCGACUUAACAAACUAGGACAGAGAGUUGAUCCGAAUCGAGAAGUAAAGAAAAAGCGGCGGAAGGAUGCAUUCGUCAUGAGUUUUGAAGAUAUUCCUGAUUUUGGAAACGAUUUCAAACCUGCAAAGAGUACAUCCAAGUUAACAAAUGCCACUUUGCUCCAGUGGCUACCGGAGAAGAUUACUCUUCCAGAAGACUUGCACUACGGUUUGAAGGAAUUCUCUCAAUCGUUUACGCGGCCCAUGCUGUCAGUGAGAUCAAGCACGAAAACUGGACCUUCGCAGGACCUGGAGGGAAUCCUAUCGCCUUACGAUUACUCGAAUCGAAGAGAUGCCGAUAACUUCUGCCCUGAGGUCAACGCUGACUCAUCAGACAACGAUGAUCAUCACGACGAUCCUAUGACAUUUAAUGAUCAAACAGCCGAUUUUGCAAGCCAAAGUGAUGGUACCAAAACGUUUGGCCAAUUCUCUGGAGAUAAUCUUAUCGCUGCUCCGAACAUGGUGGCCAAAAUUCAAAUUAAUUAUGCCAAAGUAGCCAAGAAGAUGGAUAUGAGGCGAUUGAAAUCGACUAUGUGGAACAUGCUGAAUCAGCCCAACGAAACUGAUAAUGCUCAGAAGCCUACUGCAGGGAACCCGAAAGGAUUCUGUCAGAUGUACAACCAAAUCCCUAAUUUACUUCCACAGAAAAUGGCCGAAAACUUGAGUGUAGCUUUGGCUUUUGCAGCUCUGCUCCAUUUGGCUAACGAGAACACUCUUCAUCUUGCGCAAGAGUAUGGGAAUUUGGACGAUUUCGCCAUCGUUCAUCCCAAUUAAUAAUAAAAAUUGUGGAUUCAUGACCCUAUUACCCUUUUACUCGUGUACACUUUAGAACAACAAAAGACCCACUUUUUUUUGUAUCUUCCCCACAAAUAUUAUUGGCCUGUGCAUUACAAGUUUGUUUUUUUU